UGUGUUCUUCCUCCUCUCCAGAAGGUGGUCAUGUCCUCUCAUCCGCGGCGAGUGCGGCUCAAGCCCUGGCUGGUGUCUCAGGUGGAUAACGGGACGUUUCCCGGUCUGAUCUGGCUGAACCGCGAGACCAAACGCUUCCAGAUCCCGUGGAAACACGCCACGCGUCACACGCCGCAGCAGGAGGAGGAGAACACCAUCUUUAAGGCCUGGGCCGUGGAGACCGGGAAGUAUCAGGAAGGCGUGGACGAGCCGGAUCCGGCCAAAUGGAAAGCGCAGCUGAGAUGCGCCCUCAACAAGAGCCGCGAGUUCAACCUCAUCUACGACGGGACCAAAGAGGUUCCCAUGAACCCGCUGAAGAUCUAUGACGUGUGUGAUAUUCCUCAGACACACAGUAACCCGGGUUCGGUUCCCACGUAUGAGACUGACGGCGAUGCACACACACACACACACACACAUAAAGCUAAAGCUGAUUCUGAUAAUGCUCUGUGUGUGUGUUUAGUGACGGAUCUGGAGGUGCAGUUCUAUUACCGCGGUAAGGAGGUGUGUCCGCCGGUGAUCGUCAGUAACCCGCAGGGCUGUCGUCUGUUCUACGGCGAUCUGGGGCCCAUCGUCAACCAGGAGGAGCUGUUCGGGCCGGUCAGUCUGGAGCAGGUCCGCUUCCCCUCCACCGAACACAUCACUAACGACAAGCAGCGAGUGUUCACGAGCCGCCUGCUGGACGUCAUGGACCGCGGCCUCAUCCUGGAGGUGAGCGGACACGACAUCUACGCCGUGCGCCUGUGCCAGUGUAAGGUGUACUGGUCCGGCCCGUGUGCACCCAACCCCAACGCUCCCAACCUGAUCGAGCGCCAGCACAGGGUCAAGCUCUUCUGCCUCGAGUCCUUCCUCAGCGGUGUGAUCGCUCACCAGCGCGGUCAGUCCUCGUCUGAGUCUCCGCUCUACGACAUUCACCUGUGUUUCGGUGAGGAGUGGCCCGACGGCAGACCGCGAGAACGCAAGCUCAUCAUGGUGCAGGUCAGACGCUUCGCCCAGCAGACUGAAAUAUGCAUGCAUGGAGGACUUAGUGUCAAAGAUAUUAGGGAAAUAUGAACAUAAUAAUGUCUACAUAAAAGUAAAAUAAAAUUAAUAAAUCACAUAACAUGCAUAUAUAAGGAGGAC